AUGGAAGUUCUUGUGACCACUGCUCUCAGAACAGGUGCGUUGACCAAAAUGUAAUAGAAUUCCAAAAUUCUAUUACAUACCUGGUCCUCACAACAACAACAAAAACAUUCAAGGUUUCUUUUUAGUAUUUAUUUCAUGGUAGAUAGACAAAAAUAUCGGCCUUCGUCAGUGUCAUCAGCUUCUCCUCUGAAGGUAUGCUUCUUUAUUGUGGGCUUGUUCGGGGUAACGAGCGACAGGUGCAUUCGUAUGUGCGCUCCUGGAACAGACACACACAUCAAUAAUGCAUCUCAAAUAUACAAUACAAUACACAUGAAGUAAAUAGAUAUUAAAUACUAACCUUGAAUCUCUUUUUGAGAGCAGACCAGCUACUACAUAAUAUAGAACACUGAACAAGGUCUAGACCUAGGUUAUGUCUUGUUCUAAAUAUAGAGUCUUCAAUCUAUUGUUUAUCGUGUUUCUCACUAGUAUCAGGAUGUGGCCAUUCUUUCUGUAAUGGACACAAUGAUGCAGCACUGACUCAUAGACAGUGUCUGGAUGUUAGAAUUAAUGAUGAUUUUCUCUCAUGCUGGUUGAAGGCUCUCCAAAUUCCUCCCAAAAUAAAUGCUUUCUUAAUCUCUGCACUCUGCUCAGACUUAUUUCCUGUUCUUUUACACUGGAGACACACUUAUUUCUGAAAGCCUGGCACACACAGGCCUAGGCUAUAGCCCAGCUUCACUGAUGUAGGCUUUAAUAGAGUAUUACAGUCAGGAAUGUCUGUCUCAAAUUGACAAAACACUGCUAACAUUGUCAACGUCACUUAUCUACCUAAAUUAACUACCUUGUUAUCAAGGAAAGAGCCCAUGAAAACAACACUGCAACAGGCACUGUAUAAAUAGCCUACCAUUUUCUGCACAUACAGUGAGAAGCUAAUAAAAUGUUUUUAUUUUAACUGCUUAGCAUUGAAAUGGCACUGUCUAGGUUGCUGUUAAUGAAAGAGGAAAAUAAAGAGUUUAUAUUUUGGCCUUUAAAAUUAGGCAUUCUUUUCCCAAAGGAUAUUUGAUUGAGCGUGUAGGAGGAAAGGUAGACACCUACUCUCAUUUAUUCAUCAUCCCUCUCCCUUUCCAUUGGGAACUCACAUUCAGACAGUCACUGACAUGAGCUACAGUGGGGAAAAAAAGUAUUUAGUCAGCCACCAAUUGUGCAAGUUCUCCCACUUAAAAAGAUGAGAGGCCUGUAAUUUUCAUCAUAGGUACACGUCAACUAUGACAGACAAAAUGAGAAAAAGAAAUCCAGAAAAUCACAUUGUAGGAUUUUAAUGAAUUUAUUUGCAAAUUAUGGUGGAAAAUAAGUAUUUGGUCAAUAACAAAAGUUUCUCAAUACUUUGUUAUAUACCCUUUGUUGGCAAUGACACAGGUCAAACGUUUUCUGUAAGUCUUCACAAGGUUUUCACACACUGUUGCUGGUAUUUUGGCCCAUUCCUCCAUGCAGGUCUCCUCUAGAGCAGUGAUGUUUUGGGGCUGUCGCUGGGCAACACAGACUUUCAACUCCCUCCAAAGAUUUUCUAUGGGGUUGAGAUCUGGAGACUGGCUAGGCCACUCCAGGACCUUGAAAUGCUUCUUACGAAGCCACUCCUUCGUUGCCCGGGCGGUGUGUUUGGGAUCAUUGUCAUGCUGAAAGACCCAGCCACGUUUCAUCUUCAAUGCCCUUGCUGAUGGAAGGAGGUUUUCACUCAAAAUCUCACGAUACAUGGCCCCAUUCAUUCUUUCCUUUACAUGGAUCAGUCUCCUGGUCCCUUUGCAGAAAAACAGCCCCAAAGCAUGAUGUUUCCACCCCCAUGCUUCACAGUAGGUAUGGUGUUCUUUGGAUGCAACUCAGCAUUCUUUGUCCUCCAAACACGACGAGUUGAGUUUUUACCAAAAAGUUAUAUUUUGGUUUCAUCUGACCAUAUGACAUUCUCCCAAUCCUCUUCUGGAUCAUCCAAAUGCACUCUAGCAAACUUCAGACGGGCCUGGACAUGUACUGGCUUAAGCAGGGGGACACGUCUGGCACUGCAGGAUUUGAGUCCCUGGCGGCGUAGUGUGUUACUGAUGGUAGGCUUUGUUACUUUGGUCCCAGCUCUCUGCAGGUCAUUCACUAGGUCCCCCCGUGUGGUUCUGGGAUUUUUGCUCACCGUUCUUGUGAUCAUUUUGACCCCACGGGGUGAGAUCUUGCGUGGAGCCCCAGAUCGAGGGAGAUUAUCAGUGGUCUUGUAUGUCUUCCAUUUCCUAAUAAUUGCUCCCACAGUUGAUUUCUUCAAACCAAGCUGCUUACCUAUUGCAGAUUCAGUCUUCCCAGCCUGGUGCAGGUCUACAAUUUUGUUUCUGGUGUCCUUUGACAGCUCUUUGGUCUUGGCCAUAGUGGAGUUUGGAGUGUGACUGUUUGAGGUUGUGGACAGGUGUCUUUUAUACUGAUAACAAGUUCAAACAGGUGCCAUUAAUACAGGUAACGAGUGGAGGACAGAGGAGCCUCUUAAAGAAGAAGUUACUGGUCUGUGAGAGCCAGAAAUCUUGCUUGUUUGUAGGUGACCAAAUACUUAUUUUCCACCAUAACUUGCAAAUAAAUUCAUUAAAAAUCCUGCAAUGUGAUUUUCUGGAUUUUUAUUUCUCAAUUUGUUUGUCAUAGUUGACGUGUACCUAUGAUGAAAAUUACAGGCCUCUCUCAUCUUUUUAAGUGGGAGAACUUGCACAAUUGGUGGCUGACUAAAUACUUUUUUCCCCCACUGUAUAUACUUGAAAGUUACAGGUAUUCCUGGACAUGACCUUUGCACAUUCAGGGCUCUAUUGCAAUUUCGACCUGCAAUUUUCAAACCCUAGCGCCAGGACUGGUAAUUGAUUUGUCUUAUAUGAGCUUGCGCUGAGGUUGGAGGGGUAGCAAUAUCUGAGGUGUGUCCUUAAAAACAAAGCCUCCCCUCCUCACAAUGAAGGCUGCUUUUUUGUCCUGCACAAUGCAUUCGCCAAGUAGUCAAGACUAUCGAUAAAGGAUUUGGCUCGAGACCGCUUUGUAAUAUAUCUUAAUCACCAAAGCUUUAUUAAAAGAUCAAGAGCAAAACAGUAAGGGGACAUCCCCUUUUUAUCUUUGUAGGCUUUACAUUAUUUUAGCCAGCUCCUGUUAUUAUUUUGGAUGAGGAUUUAAAAAAACUGUACUGUAGGCUAUAUGCCCAUCAUGGAACGAGAGAUGAGCUAAUUGGGUGACACUUGUAUUUAGAAACUUUUAAGUUAUUUUCCUGUAACAAAGUCCUUAGUAGGCUACCCUUACCCUUCUAUAACGAAAGCUGGUUCAACAGCAAUGCGUCUGGGGUCUUUCCUAUCCUGGCCAUGCAUUCACGAAGUAGCCUAGAUCCAUAAAAGGUUUCUAAUUGGUUGUCUACUCAUGAGACUUUUGCAGUAUUCACAAUUAACAUAUGCCUACCUGCAGUGCAUACUCCAUUCAGCUGGUAUCCAUCCCCAUUUCCAAAGAGCGCUUCUCAUCUGGUUACCAAAGACGCGCUCCUCCAAACGUAUUUAAAUUAUUCUGUCCUAUAAUUCAGUAUAAACGGCAGGCGUACGCUACACUAUAUAUACAAAAUGUAUAAUUUAUACUUUAAUAACUUUGAAAAAUGUAUUCAUAUAUAGUAUUCAUUUUUUAUAUCUGUGUCCAUAUUGUCCAUGAGUUUCUAGUGGAUAGACCAUAUGGUUAAAGAGAAAAUAGCCUAAUUAAUGAAAAAAGCAUCAAAUCAACAAUAGCAUUAUUUUCAAUUAACUCUGCAACUCUUCUAUUGACUUUUUCCACAACUGCCACCAGUUUGGUGCAAAAACAUUUACAACAAAGACAUAUUCAUAUAGUAAAAUAAAUAUAAAGGAUAUUUCAUGUUGAUGGUAAAUUAAUGUUUUAUAUUUAGGAUGAUGUUUUACAGCUUCGUCAUUAUACAAUAUAUACACUACAUGGCCAAAAGUAUGUGGACACACCUUCAAAUUUGUGGAUUCGGCUAUUUCAGCCACUCCCAUUGCUGACAGGUGUAUAAAAUUGAGCACACAGCCAUGCAAUCUCCAUAAACAAACAUUGGCAGUAGAAUGGCCUUACUGAAGAGCUCAGUGACUUUCAACGUGGUACCAUGAUAGGAUGCCACCUUUUCAACAAGUCAGUUCAUCAAAUUUCUGCCCUGCUAGAGCUGCCCCGGUCAACUGUAAGUGCUGUUAUUGUGAAGUGGAAACGUCUAGGAGCAACAACGGCUCAGCCGUGAAGUGGGAAAAAUAGUAGAAAAUCGUCCUUCCUUGAUUGCAACACUCACUACCGAGUUCUAAACUGCCUCUGGAAGCAACAUCAGCACAAGAACUGUUCGUUGGGAGAUUAAUGAAAUGGGUUUCCAUGCCCAAGCAGCCGCACACAAGCCUAAGAUCACCAUGCGCAAUGCCAAGCUGGAGUGAUGUAAAGCUCGCCACCAUUGGACUCUGGACCAGUGGAAAUGCGCUCUCUGGAGUGAUGAAUCACGCUUCACCAUCUGGCAGUCCGACGGAAGAAUCUGGGUUUGGCGGAUGCCAGGAGAAUGCUACCUGCCCGAAUGCAUAGUGCCAACUGUAAAGUUUGGUGGAGGAGGAAUAAUGGUCUAGGGCUGUUUUUCAUGGUUCGGGCUAGGCCCCUUAGUUUCAGUGAAGGGAAAUCUUAACGCUAUAGCAUACAAUGACAUUCUAGACGAUUCUGUGCUUGCAGUCCCCGCAGCAAUGUUCCAACAUCUUUUGGAAAGCCUUCCCAGAAGAGUGGAGGCUGUUAUAGCAGCAAAGGGGGGACCAACUCCAUAUUAAUGCCCAUGAUUUUGGAAUGAGUUGUUGGACUAGCAGGUGUCCGCAUACUUUUAGUUAUGUAGUGUAUAUUUUGCUUAUUGAGAACCUACCUCACACAUACAAUACAAUUCACGGGAGCCUAGUAUGUUCUCUCUCAAAACCCAGCCAUUUCGCGCUACCCCCAGUUAUUGCGCUGAUAAUAAAGGCUGUGAAAAUAUAAACAAUAUUUCUCACCCACCCCCAGACCUAUAGCACUACUUCCAGCGCUUAGAUUUACCAUUGCGUUAGCUUUGUUAAAAUAGAGCCCUCACUGUGUAAGGUUCAGGUAAUAUGAUAGUUGUGACUAUUCAAACCCAUGAAUUAUUCCCUCCAAAGACUGGAUAAGGUCUUGAAGGAUUCUAUAUAUUAGCUUUUUUAUCUAACUAAGGUUAUGGUGAAUACAACAUUAGAACACUCAUUACCAAGGCAACAGUACAGCACCACCAUAUCCAUGUGUCAAUGUGACCUGUGGCAGUGGGAACAGCAACAUCUAGCCCAUGAACAUCUAGUUAAUUGUGUUGUUUGUGGUGCCUUAUUAAGAAGCAUCCUGUCGGUAUAGAGAAUGCCCCCUGUCUGUCCUGAGGCUAUGAGCAGUGUACAGUCGUGGUCAAAAGUUUUGAGAAUGACAAAAGUAUUGGUCUUCACAAAGUUUGCUGCUUCAGUGUUUUUAGAUGUUUUUGUCCGAUGUUACUAUGGUAUACUGAAGUAUAAUUACAAGCAUUCCAUAAGUGUCAAAGGCUUUUAUUGACAAUUACAUUAAGUUUAUACAAAGAGUCAAUAUUUGCAGUGUUAACCCUUAUUUUUCAAGACCUCUGCAAUCCACCCUGGCAUGCUGUCAAUUAACUUCUGGGCCACAUCCUGACUGAUGGCAGCCCAUUUUUGCAUAAUCAAUGCUUGGAGUUUGUCAGAAUUUGUGGGUCUUUGUUUGUCCACCCGCCUCUCGAGGAUUGACCACACGUUCUCAAUGGGAUUAAGGUCUGGGGAGUUUCCUGGCCAUGGACCCAAAAUGUUGAUGUUUUGUUCCCCGAGCCACUUAGUUAUCACUUUUGCCUUAUGGCAAGGUGCUCCAUCAUGCUGGAAAAGGCAUUGUUCGUCACCAAACUGUUCUUGGAUGGUUGGGAGAAGUUUCUCUCUGAGGAUGUGUUGGUACCAUUCUUUAUUCAUGGCUGUGUUCUUAGGCAAAAUUGUGAGUGAGCCCACUCCCUUGGCUGAGAAGCAACCCAACACAUGAAUGGUCUCAGGAUGCUUUACUGUUGGCAUGACACAUGACUGAUGGUAGCGCUCACCUUGUCUUCUCCGGACAAGCUUUUUUCCCGAAUGCCCCAAACAAUCGGAAAUAGGAUUCAUCAGAGAAAAUUACUUUACCACAGUCCUCAGCAGUCCAAUCCCUGUACCUUUUGCAGAAUAUCAGUCUGUCCCUGAUGUUUUUCCUGGAGAGAAAUGGCUUCCUCGCUGCCCUUCUUGACACCAGGCCAUCCUCCAAAUGUCUUCGCCUCACUGUGCGUGCAGAUGCACUCACACCUGCCUGCUGCCAUUCCUGAGAAAGCUCUGCACUGGUGGUGCCCCGAUCCCGCAGCUGAAUCAACUUUAGGAGACGGUCCUGGCGCUUGCUGGACUUUCUUGGGCGCCCUGAAGCCUUCUUCACAACAAUUGAACCUCUCUCCUUGAAGUUCUUGAUGAUCCGAUAAAUGGUUGAUUUAGGUGCAAUCUUACUAGCAGCAAUAUCCUUGCCUGUGAAGCCCUUUUUGUGCAAAGCAAUGAUGACGGCACGUGUUUCCUUGCAGGUAACCAUGGUUAACAGAGGAAGAACAAUGAUUUCAAGCACCACCCUCCUUUUAAAGCGUCCAGUCUGUUAUUCUAACUCAAUCAGCAUGACAGAGUGAUCUCCAGCCUUGUCCUCAUCAACACUCUCACCUGUGUUAACGAGAGAAUCACUGACAUGAUGUCAGCUGGUCCCUUUUGUGGCAGGGCUGAAAUGCAGUUGAAAUGUUUUUUUGGGGGAUUAAGUUCAUUUUCAUGGCAAAGAGGGACUUUGCAAUUAAUUGCAAUUCAUCUGAUCACUCUUCAUGACAUUCUGGAGUAUAUGCAAAUUGCCAUCAUAAAAACUGAGGCAGCAGGCUUUGUGAAAAUUAAUAUUUUUGUCAUUCUCAAAACUUUUGACCACGACUGUAUGUUCAGAACGCCCUCACAGGACCACCAGGUUAAACUACACAGUCAUUGAUUUUUCCGCCCUUGUUUUAGAGAGUAUGCCCCAUUUAAUUCAGAUGGUGAAAAUUGCUUUGGUUACUUUGGAGGAUGGAGGGAGGAGGGAGAACCACGAGAGAGUGGUUGAUACUAACGCAGAUUGUGGGCAUGAUAACACGUCUCGAUCCCCAAGCCACUCACUUUCCUCCUGCUAACCUCUCUCUGUAUCUCUGUCUCUCUCUCUCCCUCUCUCCAUCUGUCCAUGAAUCUUCUAAGUUGACCUUUGAAAUAAUAAUAAUGUGGAAGUCCUUGAGAGCAAUGCAGCAGAUUAGUGAAUUCCAUAGCUUCAGGGGUGAUGAAUCAUUCAGUUUGUAAACAACAAAAUGACUGAAUUCCAUUACACAUUAAAUAACAAAAGUACUGAAUUAAAUUACAUAUUAAACAACAAAAGUACUGAAUUAAAUUACACAUUAAACAACAAAAGUACUGAAUUCAAUUAUACAUUAAACAACAAAAAUAAUUAGGCUACAUAUUAAACAACAAAAGUACUGAAUUCAAUUACACAUUAUUCCUCAGGGUGGGUGCAAAUUGAUGAUAAGAAACCCCAAAGUGGUCAGUGCAAUCAUAAUUAUACUUUUUUUUUGUGACAGUCCAACCUAUGCGGUCAUGUGGAACAGGUUGAGAGCUUCAAGUUCCUUGGUGUCCACAUCACCAACGAACUAUCAUGGUCCAAACACACCAAGACAGUCGUGAAGAGGGCACGACAAAGCCUAUUCCCCCUCAGGAGACUGAAAAGAUUUGGAAUGGGUCCUCAGAUCCUCAAAGAAUUAUACAGCUGCACCAUCGAGAGCAUCCUGACUGGUUGCAUCACCGCCUGGUAUGGCAACUGCUUGGCCUCCGACCGCAAGGCACUACAGAGGGUAGUGCGUACGGCCCAGUACAUCACUGGGGCCAAGCUUCCUGCCAUCCAGGACCUCUAUACCAGGCGGUGUCAGAGGAAGGCCCUCAAAAUUGUCAAAUACUCCAGCCACCCUAGUCAUAGACUGUUCUCUCUGCUACCGCACGGCAAGCGGUACCGGAGUGCCAAGUCUAGGUCCAAAAGACUUCUCAACAGCUUCUACCCCCAAGCCAUAAGACUCCUGAACAGCUAAUCAUGGCUACCCGGACUAUUUGCACUGCCCCUCCACCCCAUCUUUUUACGCUGCUGCUACUCUGUUAAUUAUUUAUGCAUAGUCACUUUAACUCUACCCACAUGUACAUAUUACUUCAACUACCUCAACUAGCCGGUGCCCCCGCACAUUGACUCUGCACCGGUACCCCCCUGUAUAUAUAGCCUCCCUACUGUUAUUUUAUUUUACUUCUGCUCUUUUUUUCUCAACACUUUUUUGUUGUUUUAUUCUAAUUUUUUUAUUUAAAAUAAAUGCACUGUUGGUUAAGGGCUGUAAGUAAGCAUUUCACUGUAAUGUCUGCACCUGUUGUAUUCGGUGCAUGUGGCCAAUAACAUUUUAUUUUAUUUUAUUUGAUGGGAAUCUGUGAUUUUCAACUGGCAAUGGAUUUUUCCAAGUCAUCUAAAUGGUCUGAGACAUGGUACAUAACUUUAUUCUCUCUUACUAAAAAUUCUCCUUUUUUCUUACAGUUACAGAGAAAGAAGUGCAACAGUGGUAAGUACAUAUGAUUUUCAAUGACCCUCUCCCUUUCCUGCUCUACCCUUUUCUACCCCUCUCUUCUCUCAAAAAGUCAAAUAGUUCUAGUCUGCAUUGGGUCUAGUGCUCAAUUAGACUCUUAGAACUGUACCUGCAAAUGUGGGUGAGUGACAGAUUCACCUGCAACAUGUGCUGUUUACUAAAUUUGGCAGGUGUUCUGGUGUUAAUGUCAGGUGCUCCAGGGGCCAUAUGCCUUGCUGAGUGGCUCCCAUCUAAAGGCUGGCUGAAGCCUGCAGGCUCAGUCUGACUCAGGUCUGACUCUGGAGAGCAGGUACACUGUAACUGAGGGGUGAGCUGGCUGGGAGCUGGCUGGGCUGGAGCUUCCUGAGCAGCAGCCAUACUGUGUCAAGAGUUGUUUACUCAUGUCUGACUGAUGCUCCAACUCUGCUCUGGUUAUUAAGACCUUUCUACAGAGUGCAGGGAGCACGUCUAACGUUAUAUAGCCCUCUGAUUAAAUCCUCAAUUUGAUAGUUCUGUGACGCACGGAUAUUGCUUCUAACGUGAAAUCCAUGGAUAAAGUAUUGAAAUAGGCUAGAUUGUAGGGCUGGGAAUUGCCAGGGACCUCACGAUACGGUAUUAUCAUGAUUAGGGUUGGAAAGGGAGGGUAUAUUGCUGGAAACUUUAGAAGUUUAUCAGUUAACUACCACAAUUGUAGUAACCUUCAAGGAUUUUAUGUAAUUUAUCACAAGACAUCUAGUGGCCCUUUUGGGUACUUCGUAAUAUCACAGGUGUCUGUAAUUAUCUCUGGCUCUCAUGCAAAAUACAGUAUAUAAAAUAACAAAAUAAGAUGAUAGAAAAAAAAUAUAUAUUUAUACACUACCGGUCAAAAGUUUUAGAACAUUCAAGGGUUUUUCUUUAUUUGUACUAUUUUCUACAUUGUAGAAUAAUAAUAGUGAAUACAUCAAAACUAUGAAAUAACACAUAUGGAAUCAUGUAGUAACCAAAAAAGUGUUAAACAAAUCAAAAUGUAUGUUAUAUUUGAGAUUCUUCAAAUAGCCACCCUUUGCCUUGAUGACAGCUUUGCACAGAGUUGCAAAGAAAAAGCCAUAUCUCAGACUGGCCAAUAAAAAUAAAAGAUUAAGAUGGGCAGUCUGAGAUAUGGCUUUUUCUUUGCAACUCUGCCUAGAAGGUCAGCAUCCCGGAGUCGCCUCUUCACUGUUGACGUUGAGACGGGUGUUUUGCAGGUACUAUUUAAUGAAGCUGCCAGUUGAGGACCUGUGAGGCGCCUGUUUCUCAAACUAGACACUCUAAUGUAUUUGUCCUCUUGCUCAGUUGUGCACUGGGGCCUCCCACUCCUCUUUCUAUUCUGGUUAGAGCCAGUUUGCGCUGUUCUGUGAAGGGAGUAGUACACAGUGUUGUACGAGAUCUUCAGUUUCUUGGCAAUUUCUCGCAUGGAAUAGCCUUCAUUUCUCAGAACAAGAAUAGACUGACGAGUUUCAGAAGAAAGUUAUUUGUUUCUGGCCAUUUGGAGCCUGUAAUCGAACCCACAAUUGCUGAUGCUCCAGAUACUCAACUAGUCUCAAGAAGGCCAGUUUUAUUGCUUCUUUAAUCAGCACAACAGUUUUCAGCUGUGCUAACAUAAUUGCAAAAGGGUUUUCUAAUGAUCAAUUAGCCUUUUAAAAUGAUAAACUUGGAUUAGCAAACACAACGUGCCAUUGGAACACAGGACUGAUGGUUGCUGAUAAUGGGCCUCUGUACGCCCAUGUAGAUAUUUCAUUAAAAAUCAGCCUUCCAGCUACAAUAGCCAUUACAACAUUAACAAUGUCUACACUGUAUUUCUGAUAAAUUUGAAGUUAUUUUAAUGGACAAAAAAAAUGAUUUUCUUUCGAAAACAAGGACAUUUCUAAGUGACCCCAAACUUUUGAACGGUAGUGUAUAUAUUUAUAUAUUUUUUCAAUCAAUACUUGGAGUCAAAUAUCGAUAUAAAAUCAUCCAACUAUAAAUUGCGAUAUAUGUAAUUGUAUUGAUUUUUUGCCCCCAUCACUAAUAGAUUGCAUAGCACUACUGCAUUUGAGGCUAAAGUUAUUUUUUCACACAUUGCCUUGGAGACAGAUGAGUUCUGAAAAUAGAAUGACUUUUUCCUACAGAGUCAAGGAUUGGUGCUAUUGUUGAGGAUGUGAGUAUUUAUAGGUACUCUUUGUCUUUGCAUGCAUGGCUUUCCCCCUCACAGUUUUUUGCAAUUUGAAGCACACAGGGAAUUGGGUCAUGUCCUCUGCCAUGUAAUGCUAUAAAACACAGCCAACUAAUCUCAAAGCAAAAUGAUGAUGUAGCUGCCUGAGUCCUACUUGGUCCUUAUUCAACACUGCAAAUGCUUCUGUUUUUAUUCUUGUAGUAAAUGAGUGGUAGAAAAGAGUUGAAUACAUCUUACCCCAGGCUAGAUCUAGCAUAAACAAUAAAUGAUGAUUUACAGUAACCUAUAUCACGUGCCAAUGCUGCCUUUCCCUAUCCAUCUCACAUGCCAGGUCUUUAACGCUAUUUCAUUGGCCUUGGCUUUGUGUCAACCUGAUCCUGGCUGUAAGAUAGAGAGAGGAGUCAGUGCCUCAUGAGCCAGCCAGUCAGUGUGUUGAUGCACUGCCCUCUCUAGUAGGGCCAGUGAGCAAGGGCCCAUCCACAUCCCCGUCCACAUGCAGCAGCAGCAGAAAGACAACGCUUGGCUGGCUUCUCCAGCACGGGGCUACAGAGCUGACCAGUCUCAGGGGCUGCCUGGGUGCACUGGGGCAGAAUAAGCCCUUGGCUGUGCACUGCAGCCAGCUAAGUCACCCUCCCUCCCAUCCAUUAUUUUACGUAAACUUUGCAUGACUCCCCACUUGAAGAUCAGCCGCAGUCACCAUGGUUGAGUGUGAAGGAUGAGAGACAGUUUAAACAGGGGAAAUGCCAGAUGGUGUGUAAUUAGUGGAGGAGCCACCGACAGACAUGGAAGAGUUAGAUAAAUGCCAGUGCUGUACAUUAAAUGUCUCCUCCAUAUUGAUGAUAUGCUAAACUAUUCAUGGGGAAAUGUCAUUAGUAUGCUUAGUGCUCACCUGCAAUCAAUAACAGAGGCACAGAGCCAAGUAUCCCUGCCAACUGGACAACAACAAGGGAAAAUAGCUAAAUAUCCUUGUCCACAACACUGUUUAUAGCCAUCCACCAUGAUGACAGAUGACAGUGUGUUGGUAGAAAGCUGCCAGUCAUGUAUAUCCCCAUGUUGGCUCGCUAACUGUGACAUAAUUGCACUGGUCUACUGGUGUAGGCUAUCUCUAUGUGAAUGAGUACAAUUAUACUGAAAGGCCUGGGAGAAAGUGUACCACAUGGGGAUGUGUGAAACUCAGUCCUCAGCCUGAAAUGUCCCCACUUGCGCCGCUGAAUAGCUAGCUUUUUGGUGGCGCCGACUGGUAAGACGCUUCGGGAGGGCGGUCACGUCGGCUAGCAAGGCAGAGGUCCCAUGUGUUUGAACCUCGGUAUGAACCGAAUCAGGAGGAAGCGGUACUAGUUAAGCUGGUAACGUGACGUCCGUUACACAUGGUGCUGUGAUAUUUGGAUCUCCAGUUGCACUCAGCUCAACGCUGGGGUCGCUGUGGAGUAAGUUUGGGGGGUGACUGUAUCACAUGGGGAUGUGCGAAGCUCACUCCUGAGCCUGAAGUGUCCCCACUUGCGUCACUGAAUAGAUAGCUUUUCGGUUGCGCCGACUGGUAAGAAACAAAGCAGAGGUCCUGGGUUCGAGCCUCGGUAUGAGCCAAAUCAGGAGGAAGCGGUACUCGCUAAGCAGGCAGCAUGGCAUCCGUUACACUACGCUAUACUGUAUGUGUCCAUGCAGAACUCUACAUAUGCUACUGAGUUAGCCAGGGCCACAUCAAACUAGAGAGAGCUGCGUCACAUUUUGUUUAGUUAGAUAGGGAUCAUCCUGCUUAAUGUCCAAUUAGUAGUCAAUGACUACUAACCAACUGAUUAAAUCUAGAGGGCUGUGAGUUUUUGCAUGAACUGUGUUUUUGCAUAAGUUCCCCAAUGAAUCUACUGAAAAUAUUUACUUUUUACAGAGACAAUGGAAAUUUCACAAAUGAGUCAGACUAAAUCUAUCUCACUUGAAAUGGGUCAUCUUGGGAUUACGAUGUGCUUUGUAUUGCCUGCCCACUGAACGGCAAUUAGACUUGAUUCCUCAUUGUUCUUCAUUGGGUUUUAAUUUCUCUGCAUAUCUCCACAUCUGGAUAUGCAAAUGGCAGGAUUAUGGUCUUCUCUUCAAACUUUUCUCAGCCUAUGUUCAGUGAUUCCCUGUGUCUGUCUGUCCUAUUCCAGGCCAUGGAGGAGUGUGUUUUAUCUGUUGGGCAGAUUAAAAGUAUGAGUUUCAGAGUAAGGAGCCAACGGAAGGACUGAAUGUAGCCCAGGAUCUGUCCUGGGCUUCAUCCUCCAUGACUCUCAGUCUGGCCUUCAUUACAGCAGAUCCUCAUCAGGACCAGUCUGUGUCUGUGGUGAAUCACACAGAGACAUGGGAAGUUAUGGGAACUCACAGAAGAGCUGUCCACCUCUGAACAUCACUGUCUAACAUUGGUUCAGACGCCAUAUGGAUGCACAGUCAUAUGGACUGAUAAGUACCCUCAUGCCUUAACCAGAGAAAGAGAUGGAGAGAGAAAUCUACACUUAUCAUCUCCUUAAACUAGCAUACUAAUCUCUGAUUCAUUCUUUGACUCUCCCUCUCCUUCUCCUUCUCCCUCCCUGCCUCUGUACAGACCCAUUAAAGGCUUGUUAUUCGACUCUGAUAACACUGUUUCUUUAUUGAGUUGUACAACGAGACUAUCUACCUUUGAUUGACUGGGAAAUUGCAUAUGAAACAUGGUUCUGUAUUUAACUGUAAUGUUAUGUCAUUCUGGAUGUAUCAUCACCAGAGUCUAGAAGCUCACAGAUUUAUCUAUCAUUUAUGCACAUUAGCAAAAGUAGAGAAGAAAGUAAUUUGAAGUAAACUCCCUCUGCCUAUUCUAUUGGAUUAGAUACAUUAUCUUAUCCGCUAGCAAGACAAAUAGCUUUGGGUCUAACCUUUUGAUACAGCAUGCUGUUUUAAACUAGAUAAAUGCUGGUUGCCUGUGAAGAGCUGCUUCUGAAGCAUUGAACAUAAUUUCAUAUUAUAUUCAACAGGCUAAUUGUAUCCUUAUCCUGUUAACCUUCUCUUGUGUUCUCUUUUCCUCCCCCUCUCAUCAUCAUCAUCAUCAUCUCCUGCAGGUACAAAGGCUUUAUAAAGGACUGUCCAAGUGGUCAGCUGGAUGCUGUGGGCUUUCAGAAGAUCUACAAGCAGUUCUUCCCUUUUGGUGACCCCACCAAGUUUGCUUCUUUUGUCUUCAACGUCUUUGAUGAAAACAAGGUUUUUGAUUGUUGAUUCCUUCAUUUGUUCCUCCACAAGUACAUGUGCUUUUUCUGUGAUUUUAAUUAGCAUUUCAAAGUCACUGCAAUGUUAGGAAGCAAAUGCUAACAUAUAGUUCCAAGGAUGCUGUCUCUGGUCAUGGUACUGGUAGUGUCUGGUCAUGGUACUGGUAGUGUCUGGUCAUGGUACUGGUAGUGUCUGGUCAUGGUACUGGUAGUGCCUGGCCAUGGUACUGGUAGUGUCUGGUCAUGGUACUGGUAGUGUCUGGUCAUGGUACUGGUAGUGUCUGGUCAUGGUACUGGUAGUGUCUGGUCAUGGUACUGGUAGUGUCUGGUCAUGGUACUGGUAGUGCCUGGUCAUGGUACUGGUAGUGUCUGGUCAUGGUACUGGUAGUGUCUGGUCAUGUACUGGUAGUGUCUGGUCAUGGUACUGGUAGUGUCUGGUCAUGGUACUGGUAGUGUCUGGUCAUGGUACUGGUAGUGUCCUGGUCAUGGUACUGGUAGUGCUGGUCAUGGUACUGGUAGUGUCUGGUCAUGGUACUGGUAGUGUCUGGUCAUGGUACUGGUAGUGUCUGGUCAUGGUACUGGUAGUGUCUGGUCAUGGUACUGGUAGUGUCUGGUCAUGGUACUGGUAGUGCCUGGUCAUGGUACUGGUAGUGUCUGGUCAUGGUACUGGUAGUGUCUGGUCAUGGUACUGGUAGUGCAGUGUAAUGGUCUCUAAUUAGAGGUGGAAUCCGAGCACUGAAAGGAGUACCUUCUGUGUGGCCAAUCAGAGGUGAGACAGGUUGACAAAGCACAGGUGCCUGAAAAUGAAAGAGAAAUGGACUAUGUGUUGUUAAGAACAGCCCUUCCAGGCUGGCCGAUGACCCCUGGCAGCCAUAGCCUGUGGGUAAUGGGCUUUGUGCCAUGGAAAUCACACACACACUGGUUCUGCUGUUUAUUAAUGGGCUUCAUUUGUGCUAGGCACCCUGUAGUUAGAGAACACAUUGGUCUUAAUAGUGGGGUCAGACUCUCUGAAUAGGAGCAGUGAGUGACUUCAUCUCAGGGUUACUAUCCUAUCCAAGGUGUCAAUUUUCAGGCUUUACUAGGAGCAGCUCUUGUCACAGAUAUUCUGCUUUAGAGAAUGAAUAGCAAAAUACUAUGCACUAUUAAAGAAUACAUUAGUGCAAGUCUGGUAGAGCUGAAUGAGCUUUGAUUUCAGAACCAUCAAGAGAGCUGAAUUUGCAGCCAGUCUCUUUGUUAGUGCUGCUUUAUGAUUCCAUUUUGGACUUGACCACUAUCUCUUAUUGGCAGACAUUUCCAUGUACUGCACAAAGUGAACCCUCGCAGCAGUAAGCUGCAGACCACCGAUUUGCCCCCAAUUUUUGGAAGGUAAUUGAAAAUUCUUCUGAGUGCUGUGGCAGGAUGCUGUGAGGGAAUCCAAGAAAGCUGGAGCGAAAUAAAACUGUCUGGAGAAUGCUUUUACCCUGUAGGACAGAGGGAGAAACCGGUGAUGUCCAUUUCAGAUGUAUAAUCGAUGUGAAAGCUGUGAAAUGUAUUUGGCUCUAAUAUACAAUGGUUCUAUGAGUGUGUAAUAACUUUCAAAAUAUCGUACAGCAUGCAUCCAACUCGCUAAUGACCAGCGAUGACAUGCUUUAGCCUCGGGGGAGAGCCAGGUGCAGUGCAGAAAUAGCAGCAGACACGGAGCACAAGUCUGUCCCACUUUUCAGCAGUAGACCAAACAAAGUGUUUUGGGGUGUUAGUGUGAAAGAAGAUAUUCAUUGUCUCUCUCUCGCUCUCUGCCUCUCUCUCUAUCUCUAUUAUCCCCCCUCUCUCUCUUUCUCUCUCUCUCUCUAUCUUUCUCUCGCUGCCUGUCUCCCACCCCUCUCUCUCUCUUUCUCUCUCUCUAUCUCUGCCUGUCUAUCUGUCUCCCCCCCCCCCCCCUCUCUCUCUCUGUCAUUGAAUAGGAUGGACGCAUAGAGUUCUCGGAGUUCAUCCAGGCCCUGUCGGUGACUUCUCGGGGGACGCUGGACGAGAAGCUCAGAUGUAAGGAGAGAUGACCCCUUCACAUUAGGCAGUGACCCCCUGAUGCACUUUGACACUUCAGUGACAGGACCUGGCUCUUUGUGAUCCUAUUGUUAUGCAUGAAACAAAACAAAGAGCUUGACAGGCUCACAGAAGACUACAAAUAAGAGAUAGUUAGGCAUGGUAGUGCAUUAACUUAAAUGGUGUUGCCUACUGUGUGAGCCCUGGGUUUGGAUAUUUGGGAAAAAUGGCUCUGACUAUGCAGGGGUUCAUUCCAUCUCAAAACCCUCAUCCCACUCCACUCCCCCACACACAGCCACUCAUUUUCAAUCUGAUUUACAAGCAUACAAUACAUUAGUAAAACAUAAAGGCUGCAUACACUCAUCCACCCCAUCUGCACAAUCUCAAAACAACUUUAUUGACAGUCAAUACUGGGCAUUCACCAUUUGUUCUUUUGCUGUCUUUACAGGGGCUUUCAAAUUGUAUGAUCUUGAUAACGAUGGCUACAUCACACGAGACGAGAUGUUAAACAUCGUAGAUGCCAUAUAUCUGAUGGUGGUAAGUUAUACAAUACUAAAAUGUUCCAAUGUCAAAGGGUAAUGGUAGCAUUCACAUACAGUGUUUUACAUUGACAUGUAUAUUGACAGUAUGUUUGCCUUUGUGUUCCAGGGGAACACUGUAGAGUUACCAGAAGAAGAGAAUACACCUGAGAAGAGAGUGGACCGUAUUUUUGCCAUGAUGGACAAGGUAUAUCUCUAUUCCACAAAUAAAACACUGUAUUAACCCAAAACCACCACCAUGGGUUAUGAUAUCAUUAUGUAACUAUGUGUUGACUUUUGGUAUGUUGGUAGCUAUUUUGCAUUUUGUUGUACAUCUUAUAGAUCACUUUGUUUUUCAAGUAAGUGGCAGUACUAUUGUAAUGCACUGCCUAGCAAAAUCAACAGAAAAGACUGAAUGUGGAUUGUGUUCUUACUGUUGUCCCUGUGCUGUAGUGCAGUGAGGCGGGGCGUGUAGUUUAGCCUCUUAGCCAGAGCCAUCCCAGUGUCACUAACACUGCCUGCGGUCUAUAAACACCAAAGUUACCCCCUCACCACCACAGCCCAGUGCUAAUGCCCAGUCAGCUCACUCAGGCCCUCCUCGUCCUCGGCUUAGUGAAAGAUGAGAUAGAGCCUGCUUGGGCGUGUGUGUCAGUUCCAUACCCGGUGCCAGAAUAAGCCGAUAGGAUUGGCUUCAGAGCACAGCAGCAGUGCUCAGUCAUUUAUAUGGGCGGAGGGAAGAUAGCUGACCAUCCAAGUGUACUGAACUAGAUCAGCUAAGCCGUUUAGAACAGGCUCUGGUACAUUACUCAGGAUUUGUUUGAGAGACACUUUUGCCCCCUGCUGGUAAGAUAGAGUAAAAGUAGCCUGAUCUGCGAUACAGCUGCAGUUCCAUUGCACUGUCUCUUCUCCUGUGUUCCUAUUCCAGAAUGCUGAUGGCAAGUUGACCCUGCAGGAGUUUCAGGAGGGUUCCAAGGCAGACCCCUCCAUUGUGCAGGCACUGUCACUGUACGAUGGGCUGGUAUAGGGCAUAAAGUGUUUGGUGAGUAGAGCAGUGAAAACCUGUAUAUGUAUGAAUACGUACACUACCUGUCAAAAGUUUUAGAACACCUACUCAUUCAAGGGUUUUUCUUUAUUUUUACUAUUUUCUACAUUGUAGAAUGAUAGUGAAGACAUCAAAACUAUGAAAUAACACAUAUGGAAUCAUGUAGUAACCACAAAAGUGUUAAACAAAUCAAAAAAUGUUAUAUUUGAGAUUCUUCAAAUAGCCACCCUUUGCCUUGAUGACAGCUUUGCACACUCUUGGCAUUCUCUCAACCAGCUUCAUGAGGUAGUCACCUGGAAUGCAUUUCAAUUAACAGGUGUGCCUUCUUAAAAGUUAAUUUGUGGAAUUUCUUUCCUUCUUAAUGCGUUUGAGCCAAUCAGUUGUGAUGUGACAAGGUAGGGGGGUAUACAGAAGAUAGCCCUAUUUGGUAAAAGACCAAGUCCAUAUUAUGGCAAGAACAGCUCAAAUAAGCAAAGAGAAACAACAGUCCGUCAUUACUUUAAGACAUGAAGGUCAGUCAAUAUGGAACAUUUCAAGAACUUUGAAAGUUUCUUCAAGUGCAGUCGCAAAAACCAUGAAGCGCUAUGAUGAACCUGGCUCUCAUGAGGACCGCCACAGGAAUGAAAGACCCAGAGUUACCUCUGCUGCAGAGGAUAAGUUCAUCAGAGUUACCAGCCUCAGAAAUUGCAGCCCAAAUAAAUGCUUCACAGAGUUCAAGUCACAGACACAUCUCAACAUCAACUGUUCAGAGGGGACUGUGUGAAUCAGGCCUUCAUGGUCGAAUUGCUGCAAAGAAACCACUACUAAAGGACACCAAUAAGAAGAAGAGACUUGCUUGGGCCAAGAAACAUGGGCAAUGGACAUUAGACCGGUGGAAAUCUGUCCUUUGGUCUGGAGUCCAAAUUUUAGAUUUUUGGUUCCAACCGCAGUGUCUUUGUGAGACGCGGAGGUGUUAUAGUGUGGGGGUGCUUUCCUGGUGACACUGUCUGUGAUUUAUUUCGAAUUCAAGGCACACUUAACCAGCAUGGCUACCACAGCAUUCUGCAGUGAUAUGCCAUCCCAUCUGGUUUGGGCUUUGUGGGACAAUCAUUUGUUUUUCAACAGGACAAUGACCCAACACACCUCCAGGCUGUGUAAAGGCUAUUUGAAGGAGAGUGAUGGAGUGCUGCAUCAGAUGACCUGGCCUCCACAAUCCCCCGACCUCAACCAAAUUGAGAUGGUUUGGGAUGAGUCGGACCGCAGAGUGAAGGAAAAGCAGCCAACAAGUGCUCAGCAUAUGUGGGAACUCCUUCAAGACUGUUCCAGGUGAAGCUGGUUGAGAGAAUGCCAAGAGUGUGCAAAGUUGUCAUCAAGGCAAAGGGUGGCUAUUUGAAGAAUCUCAAAUAUAAAAUAUAUUUUGAUUUGUUUAACACUUUUUUGAUUACUACAUGAUUCCAUAUGUGUUAUUUCAUAGUUUUGAUGUCUUCACUAUUAUUCUACAAUGUAGAAAAUAGUAAAAAUAAAGAAAAACCCUUGAAUGAGUAGGUGUUCUAAAACUUUUGACAGGUAGUGUAUGUAUGUGUCUUUCGGAGGGGUUGGAAGUGAUCUUAAUCUCUUUAUCUUAAUCAUGCAGCACCCCAGUGAUGGAAAUGUCAUAUGGUUGUACAUAUCAUACAAUCAAAAUAUUUUUUUUAAUAAUUAGAGAAACUAUGAAUUGUGUGGGCAAUUGAUCUGUUUGAGGAUUACAUUAUAGUAUAGUGGUCAGAGACUCGCAUGGUCUUAAAACAAUGCACAGCGGCCAUUGUCAGACCACAGUUUGUCCUUAUGCAUUAUUCAAGUAACCUCUGCUGAUUGCUGCAGAUCAAACAGCCUUGCAGUCCUCAGAGAGGAGAGAGGGCAGUUAGCUGGUCUCCUCCCUCUAUCUAAUGUAUUCCACUGCCCAUUAUUACCAAUUGUAGCUGACGUCCUGCUCAACAUGUGACAGAGUGUUUGAGCGCAAUAUAGACAGAUACAUGGGGCCGCUUGGGUUUAAAGUAGCCUUGCAUUUACUUGUUAUAGAGUUCAGGGUCCCUUAUUGUCAAUAGGAUAUUGCACUGUUUGUUUCCUUGUCUGAUUUCAUUGCCACAUUGAACUCAAUAGUGAUUAUUAUUACAGAUUCCCAGAUGAAUCUAACACAGUGCCAUCACACCUGCUAUGAGAAGAAGCAUCUACAAACAUCAACAUCCCUCCAUGCACCAUCCAGAAGGAGACAUAGGAGGGUGAGGAGGAGGGCAAGGACUUGUGUAAUACUGUCCUCAAUUGCACAUAUUAAUCUCCACUCUAAGCAUUGAAAACAACUAUGAGCCCUCUCAUAUUACAACAUGUAAAAUAAAACAAGAACAAGACGGUAAGAGACACUGAAUGUAUACAUGCCAGGAAUGAAGUUGUUGAUGGUAUAUAUCUGUGGACUUCAUUCAAGAACUCAAACAAGGGAUGGACAGCACUGAAGAACAGCUUCAGAGAGAGUGUAAAGGUUGUUUUCCCCUGUGGACUAUACUGGAGGAUACCCCUUGAGGUGUGUGUGAACUGUGAACAGCGCUCAACAGAGCCAUAGUGGUGUGGCUGACACAUGGAGAGCUGUCACAUGGCUACCUGAAAGACUACAGCGGGAGACAUCAGCAGGCACUGAUUUGAGAGUGUGGAGAGAGAUCAACUUAUUUAUAAACCCAUGUAUAUAUGAUAUAUAGUAUACACUGAGUGUACAAAACA